GGGGCUCUUUGGAUUAUCAGACCUCCAUGUAUGACAAUUUGUACCUGCAUGGAUUUGAAGACUCUGAGGCGGGAUCAGCAGAUUCAUACACAAGCAGACCAUCAGAUUCUGAUGUAUCUCUGGAAGAGGACAGGGAAGCCAUCCGCCAAGAGAGAGAACAGCAAGCAGCUAUUCAGCUUGAAAGAGCAAAGUCCAAGCCUGUAGCAUUUGCUGUAAAGACUAAUGUGAGCUACUGUGGAGCGCUAGAUGAGGAUGUUCCCGUACCGAGCACUGCCAUUUCUUUUGAUGCCAAGGAUUUCCUACACAUUAAAGAGAAAUAUAACAAUGACUGGUGGAUAGGAAGAUUAGUUAAAGAAGGUUGUGAAAUUGGCUUCAUCCCAAGCCCAUUAAGGUUGGAGAAUAUUCGGAUCCAGCAAGAACAGAAGAGAGGACGCUUUCACGGAGGGAAGUCAAGUGGGAAUUCGUCUUCAAGCCUUGGAGAAAUGGUGUCUGGUACGUUUCGAGCUACACCCACUACCACUGCAAAACAAAAACAAAAAGUGACAGAACAUGUGCCUCCUUAUGAUGUCGUCCCAUCCAUGAGACCCGUUGUGCUAGUUGGCCCUUCUCUAAAAGGCUAUGAAGUGACAGACAUGAUGCAGAAAGCCCUAUUUGACUUCCUGAAGCACAGGUUCGAUGGGAGGAUAUCAAUAACUAGAGUGACAGCUGACAUUUCUCUUGCCAAGAGAUCUGUUUUAAAUAAUCCAAGCAAAAGGGCAAUAAUUGAACGGUCAAAUACCAGGUCCAGUUUAGCGGAAGUACAGAGUGAGAUUGAACGAAUUUUUGAACUGGCACGAUCCUUGCAAUUGGUUGUUCUAGAUGCAGAUACAAUCAACCACCCUGCACAACUUAUUAAGACAUCGUUAGCUCCAAUUAUUGUCCAUGUUAAAGUGUCAUCUCCAAAGGUUUUACAGCGACUGAUCAAGUCAAGAGGAAAGUCACAAAGCAAACAUUUAAAUGUUCAGCUGGUUGCAGCAGAUAAACUUGCACAGUGUCCGCCAGAAAUGUUUGACGUUAUUCUGGAUGAAAACCAACUUGAAGAUGCUUGUGAACACUUGGCAGAAUACCUUGAGGCGUACUGGCGUGCUACACACACUACCAGUAGCACACCUAUGACACCUUUGCUUGGAAGAAACCUAGGCUCCACUGCACUAUCCCCUUACCCUACAGCGAUCUCUGGAUUACAGAGCCAACGUCUGAGGCAUAGCAACCAUUCUACCGAGAAUUCUCCAAUCGAACGACGAAGUCUAAUGACCUCGGAUGAAAAUUACCACAACGAAAGAGCUCGGAAGAGCAGGAACCGCUUGUCUUCCAGUUCCCAACACAGCCGAGAUCACUAUCCUCUGGUGGAAGAAGAGUAUUCUGAUUCGUAUCAAGACUCAUACAAACCUCAAAGAAACCGGGGAUCUCCUGGAGGAUAUAGCCAUGAUUCCCGACAGAGGCUUUGAAUUGACAAACCUGGGGGCAAAUGGUAUUCAUUGGUUGGCCACCUGCUGUUGUAACAUAGCUAGGCCAAACAAAGCAUCUUGAUGCUUACAGGCUGCUGUCAUUUCGUGCUCUAGAAGGGCAAAAGAGGGUAGAUCAAUGUUUCUCAACAUUAGCAAAUUUAAGAAUUUAAGGAAACAAUUCCCGGAGGCGAAGUCCACUCAUCUUAAAGUUGUUGAGGUAGAGAAACACUGAGAUAGAUAAUGCCCUUUCCAUUUAGAAAGAAACGAGUUUGCCCAAACACUUAGAUGUGUUUUCUUUCCCAGGUAAUGUUUCAUUUCAAACUGUUAUCUUUUCUCUCCAUUAGAUAUAAUUAGACACAUCAAUUUGUAACGUAGAAUACCUGUUGAAGCGCACAUAUGAUAAUUUCCUGUUACGGAAAUUCCAAAUGACCAGUUCCAGUUGGAACCAAUUUAUAAACCAAUUCCUGUUGGAAUUUGGGUGAAAUUGACUGGAAAGUCAACCUGAGCAUGUU